AAGAACAAAUUCUUAUUUACAAUGAUGGCCUAGGAACAGUUGGUUAACUGCCUUGUUCAGGGGCAAAACGACAGACUUUUGCCGUGUCAGCUCGGAGAUUCAAUCUAGCAACCUUUCAGUUACUGGCUCAACGCUCUAACCACGAGGCUACCUGCCGCCCCCUUUGUACUGACAAGCGCUAUAUAAAAUGUAUUAUUACACAUGCAUAAUUAUGUCACUUUGGUUUUGAACCGAAUUCGCUGUCGGACAGAGGGGCACCUGGCUCACUCCUGGUAGGCAGCCCUGUUCCAAAUCGAAUGCGAUACACUUUCAUCCGGUGUAAAACAGGCCUACCAGCAGGCCCGGUCGAACUUAAUUGAACCCCUUCACUCAUUCAUUCCAUGGAGGGCUGAGUGUCUGGGUUUUCACUCAACCCUUGUACUUGAUUAAUCAAUUAAGUUAAUUAGUUAGGAACUACCCUCACCUGGUUGUCUAGGUUUAAAUUGGACACAAUUUUGAAAGGGAAUAACAAAAACGAGUAGAUACUCAGGACCUCUGUGGAAUGAGUUUGACACCUCUGUCAUAAGGGGAGUUUUCUUUAUUUCAGCAACAGUCUGGCUUUAUUGACGCUGUUUUGUGAACUAGUAUUGGAGGAUGCCUCGUUACGAUCCUGACAGUUCUUCUGCAAGCCGGCGCAAGGGUGCAGUACCCAAGCGUCGGCCUCCAGCCUCCACCGCGACUGCUUCAACAUCAAAGGCAAAGGCACCACAGCUGAGCAGACCAUCGGCCUCUGCCGUUCCAGCUCCCCCCCUGCAAAAAAAGACAAGGUUUCGCCCUGGCACCCUGGCUCUGAUGGAAAUUCGCAAGUACCAGAAGAGCACUAACUUGCUUUUGCGCAAGGGACCGUUUGCACGCCUGGUUCGGGAGGUGUGCCAUACUUAUACCAGGGACUUCAUGAGAUGGCAGGUGAACGCUCUUCUGGCCUUACAGGAGGCUGCAGAGGCUUUCCUUGUUUUACUGUUUUCCGACGCCUACCUGUGUACAAUCCACGCCAAGCGUGUAACGCUGUUCCCCCGUGACAUUCAGCUUGCCCGGCGAAUUCGAGGAGUGGAUGACCUCUGAGAAUGAGCAGUUUGGCUUGGGAUGGGGUCUGUUGUAGCCUCUCUUCUUCUUGUCACUCAAGCUCAGCCAAGGUGACCAUGGACCAUGGGGUGUUGAGGACCUAACAAUGCUAUGUUUUGAUGCAAAGCAUUAGUGGACCUAAUUUGCCCCAAACACACAUGCAUUAUGUUCAUGCCAGUUAUAACCAGUUAUAUUCUAUAACAAAAUGCUAACUCAGGCAAAGACUAUUGACCAAUGUUUUGCAUUUAGAAACACUUAUUUGUUUGUAACAUAACAUUAACAUUUAAGUCAUUUAGCAGACGCUCUUAUCCAGAGCGACUUACAAAUUGGUGCAUUCACCUUAUGACAUCCAGUGGAACAGCCACAUUACAAUAGUGCAUCUAAAUCUUUUAAGGGGGGU